GCCUCCUGUCUGUCCAAUCAUCGCCGGUUCCACUGCGCAGGCGCCUCCGGACGACCCUGUCUCUUCUGCAAGCGAACCUUCCGCUCCUCCUCUUCCCUGCAAAUGCAUCUGCGCUGGAAGCAUCGCACCGACGCUGCCGCAAUGGUAGCCGCUGCGGUCACCGCCAUGACAGGCAGUGAGUGGGAGGACGAGGAGGAGGAGGGAGCCUGCGAACCCACAGUCAGGAAGAAAUCUCUGAGCAGUAGAGUUACCCCAGCGCCGCAUGACAUGGCCCUGCCGAACAAUCACACUUUCUCCUCCACCAGCCUGGACACCAAGACCCCUUCAGAUGGUCAACCUGUCAAGAGAACCCAGUCCGAUUGUGCUACUGGCGUUGUCAGAUCCAGUGAUUACAUUCGACGUAAAUGGCGGCGAAAACCAAAGCCGAAGCAGGCCACACCGGGUUUGCUGUCGCCAAAGGAGGUACAUAAUUAA